AAUAUUUCAUCCAUGUAUGGCUUUAUUUAAGGGUAUAUACUGUGCAAACCUGGGCAGUCCUGAAUUAGAAAAUACAGAAGAAGGCUACUGCAGUCAGCAAAAAGCAUGGCUCUUGUGAAUACGUGCAUCAUGCUUCCACUCCUGUUCCUGGCUACGGAGGCGGUGGAGAAACGACAGUCAGGUGGAAAAACUGAGGUGGAAAUUCAAUCUGAUUUAUUAAAGGAAGCCUGUCAUAACAAACCAUUGGAUCUUGUCUUCAUCAUCGACAGUUCCAGAAGUGUACGCCCGUAUGAUUUUGAAAAGGUGAAAGAAUUUCUAAUCACUAUGCUAAAGUUCCUGGACAUUGGCCCAGAUACCACCAGGGUGGGCCUGUUACAAUAUGGCAGCACCGUAAAAAAUGAGUUUUCCUUAAAGACGUACAAAAAGAAAUCUGAUAUUGAACGAGCAGUGAAGAGGAUGAUGCACCUUGCCACUGGAACCAUGACGGGACUGGCCAUUCAGUAUGCCAUGAACAUUGCCUUUUCUGAAUCUGAGGGGGCCCGCCCAUCGCAUCAAUUUGUGCCAAGGAUUAUUAUGAUAGUAACUGAUGGCAGGCCGCAGGACCCCGUAGCUGAAAUCUCAGCAAAGGCAAGGAACUCUGGGAUCUUAAUAUUUGCCGUUGGGGUGGGUCGGGUAGAUAUGGACACUUUGAUAUCCAUUGGAAGUGAGCCACACGAGGAACAUGUCUUCUUAGUAGCCAAUUUUAGUCAGAUUGAAACGUUGACAUCUGUCUUCCAGAAUAAGCUUUGUGCUCCUCAUUUAUGCUCUACUACUGAACAUGGCUGUGAUCACUUCUGUAUCAAUACUCCGUUCUCAUACAUUUGUAGAUGCAAGCAAGGAUACAUCCUGAACCCUGAUGAGAAGACCUGCAGAGUUCAGGACCUGUGUGCUUCAGAGUCCCAUGGCUGUCAGCAGAUCUGUGUGAACACACCAGGAUCCUACGUGUGCCAAUGCUACGAGGCCUAUGAGCUGGCCAAGGAUAAAAAGUCUUGUAAAAUUGUGAACUAUUGUGCCUUGGGUACUCAUGGCUGUCAGCACGAGUGUGUGAACGUUAACGACUCGUACAUCUGUCAGUGUCGUCCUGGGUUUAUCUUGAAUCCAGAUAAGAAAACAUGUAGCAAACCAGAUUACUGCGCCUUGGCUAAUCACGGAUGUCAACACGAGUGUGUUAAUACAGACGAUUCAUAUUACUGCAGAUGUCGGCAAGGGUUUACCCUCAAUCCAGACAAAAAAAAGUGUACAAAGAUUGACUACUGUGCACGGGGCAACCACGGAUGUGAACACGAAUGUGUGACUACGGACAGCUCCUUCAUAUGUAAAUGUCGGAAAGGCUACGCUCUGAACCGCAACGGAAAAACAUGCAGAAAAGUGGACCACUGUGCUGAGAGCAGUCAUGGAUGUCAGCAAAUCUGUACCAACACAGAAGAAUCGUAUGAGUGUCAGUGCUAUGAAGGGUUUAAGCUAAACAGAGAUAAGAAGACCUGCAAUCCGGUUGAUUACUGCGCCUUGAAUGAACAUGGCUGCGAGCACUUGUGUGUGAAUGCUGAUGGAUCCUUCAAGUGCCAAUGCUCCGAGGGAUAUUUUCUUCGUGAUGAUAAGAAGACAUGCCAAAGUAAAGACCCCUGUAAAACCUCUGAGCAUGGCUGUGAGCAUCUGUGUGUCAAUAAUGGGAAUUCCUAUAUGUGCAAAUGCUUUGAAGGAUACAGUUUAACUGAAGAUGCAAAAAGCUGUAGAAGUAAAGACCCCUGUAAAACCUCUGUGCAUGGCUGUGAGCAUCUGUGUGUCAAUAAUGAGAAUUCCUAUAUGUGCAAAUGCUUUGAAGGAUACAGUUUAGCUGAAGAUGGAAAAAGCUGUAGAAGUAAAGACCCCUGCAAAACCUCUGAGCAUGGCUGUGAGCAUCUGUGUGUCAAUAAUGAGAGUUCCUAUGUCUGCAAAUGCUUUGAAGGAUACCAUUUAGUGGAAGAUGGAAAGCGAUGUAGACGAUGUGGAGAAGGACCUGUGGACUUGGUAUUUGUCAUUGACGGAUCGAAGAGCCUUGGCGAAGAUAAUUUUGAAAUUGUAAAGCAGUUUGUAAAUGGGAUAAUAGACUCACUAGAGAUCUCCCAGAAAGCUGCCCGUGUGGGUUUAGUACAAUAUUCCACCCAUGUCCGCACAGAGUUCACCAUGGCACAGUACAGCUCAGCCAAAGAGAUGAAGAAAGCCAUCUCCCAGAUGAAAUAUAUGGGCAGAGGCUCCAUGACGGGACUGGCCCUGAAACUAAUGUAUGAGAAAAGCUUCACAGAGGUUCAAGGCGCCAGGCGACGCUCCUUGGGUGUUCCCAGAGUGGCCAUUGUGUUUACCGAUGGGCGAGCACAGGAUGAAGUAGCCGACUGGGCAAGCAGAGCAAAACAGAGUGGCAUUACCAUCUAUGCUGUCGGUGUGGGCAAGGCCAUUGAUGAGGAGUUACGGGAAAUUGCUUCAGCUCCCCAUGACAAACAUGUGAUUCAUGCUGACGACUUUAGCUCCAUGGGAUAUAUCACGGAAAAAUUGAAAUCCAGCAUCUGCGAAGGGUGGACCAACUGGAAGGUCAAUACUGAAAUAUCUAAUGAAGAAUUAACUUCUGAGUUCAAAGAGAAUGGUGAAAUCACAGUCUCCUGCUCAAUGUCUGCCUUAAAAUUCACUACACAAGCAGAAGAUAUAUCCGAGGAGCAGUGCCAGUGUAAGAAUAUACUGGAAUUUCAAAACAAUGCAAACGAAGAAAUCAAGCGGCUAAGUCAUCAAUUAGAGCAGAUGACAAGGCGAAUGGAGAUUUUGGAGAACCGCCUGGGGGAAAGAUAACAGACUUGGAUUUGCCCUGAGCUCAUUGAAAACAUAGCACAAGGAAUCUUCAUAAAGAAGAAACGCCACGCUCUGAGCGUUCAAAAAUGUAUUUUAUUUAUAAUUUUUUUUUCUAUUUCAGUCCACAAAGAAUAUACAGAAAAAGCAUUUUGUGCCAAUUGUAUAAAUGAGAAUUUUAUAUGUGAAUUUCUAUGGGACACAAGAGGAACACAAAACAUUUUUAUGGACCAAGUCUAGUUUUGUCAUUUUGAAUUUUCAAGCUUGUCACCUCCUUUUAUAAAAUAUAAAUAUUAAAUUGUGUAAUGUUUGUUAAA